CAGAGCUGAGGCCGGGGCGGUCCGCCGCGCUCCGCGGACCGACAUGCCGCCGCUGCUGCUGCUGCCGCUUGCUGCGCCUUCCCCGCCGUCCUCUUCUUCCUCCUCGGCGUGAAGCGAGGCUCCGUCCCGGCCCGCCAUGAGGAGCCCCGAGGACCUGGAGGGCUUCGACGGCGAGGCGUCCAGCACCUCCAUGAUCUCGGGCGCCAGCAGCCCCUACCAGCCCACCACCGAGCCCGUCAGCCAGCGCCACGGGCUGCGCGGCCUCCGCUGCGACCUCGACUACCUGCGCAGCCCGCUCGGCUACCUGAAGAUCGCCCAGGUGGUUUUGGCUUUGAUUUCCUUCAUCUGCAUAGAGACGAUCAACCAAUGUUCUCCUUGUGAAGGACUUUACUUUUUUGAAUUUGUCAGCUGUAGCGCAUUGGUAGUGACUGGAGUUCUAUUGCUUAUGUUCAGCCUAAAUCUCCACUCAAGAAUACCACAGAUCAACUGGAACACUACAGAUUUAGUCAAUACUGGAAUCUGCACUUUCUUCUUCUUCAUUGCAUCGAUAGUACUUGCAUCUUUAAACCAUCAAAAAGGUGCAGAAAUUGCAGCUUGCAUUCAGCCUAAACAACCAAUUUUGUUUGAGGUCAAAACAUCGAAAACCUCACGAAGCAAAAUUAGUUGUCUUUCUGUUGGCUAUUACCAUAAUGAUAUUUGGCUUUUGGCAACCGCAGCCUAUGCAGUGAAUUUAUUUUUAGAAGUUAAAAAAAGGAGAAACACCAGCAGAGAGCCAAACACACGGCAGGCGAGUGACUAUAUGCGUGCUCGGACAGAAUCCAGAGAAGUAGAUAACCGUCCAGAGAUUCAACGUCUGGACGGGUGAAAACAGGAACUUCCUGAAAAGAUUUAAGAAAAAAAAAAGCCCGCGGACCUAUGUUUUAAAGAAAAGAAGAAGCUGACGAAAAUUUUUACAGGCAGUAAAGGAGAACGUGAUGGCCAAGAGCAUGUUCAAAGAGAAGGAGGUGGAUUAAGAAGCAAUUAUAUGAAGGCUACAGUGACAAUUGCAUCUAUUGUUUUUUGCCCGUAAAUAAUGGAGGAUGCAUAUACAACAAGAAUGGAGAAAGGGAUGCAUAACAUCUAGACAAAAAAAAAAGUAGAAUUAAUGCUAGCAAUAGAUUGUAUUUUUGAAACAUAAUUUUGAUGUUUGGCAUCAUGCACUGAGAUGAAAGAUAGCAAGAAUAUAAAUUGGCUAUUGGAUUACGAAACUGCUACAUAACAUUUUCUAACAGGUUUUGCCAGGUUACUCUUUGCUCUCACAUUCCUCCUACACUUUUGCUGUUGUCCCUGCAACGAGCAGCCAAGCUAUAGUAGACUUUUAGCUGGAGAAUCAGGUAAUAUGAACUAACAGUUUUGACUGCAAAGAAAACUCCAAGCACACUCCCUCUGUGGUUACAAUUUAGGUACGACCUGAUCUUGAAUUCUACCACCUAUUACAUUCAUUCUCUCUCUUUUUUGUUUU